AUGAGAAACCCGAAUGGCAAAGAACUGGAACAAACGGAGAAGCAUGAGAUGCCCGGGGAAGAGACGCCGAGCCAGGCUGAGCGAACAGAGGGAGCGCUCGCACGGAGACUGGAGGAUCGGCGCCCCGCGGCCUCGGCGCAGGCGCAGACUCACUCGGGGCGGGGCCGGGGCGGGGCCGGGUUCGAGGUCCGGAGCGAGGCAAGUCAACUGGACGUGUACAAAGUCAAGCGAAUUGUACAAGGUCGGUCCUCUCAGAUGUGCUGGAGGCGCCCGCCGGCCUGCAGCAACGGGACAGCUGUCCCUCCUGCUGCUCUUUUCCUGCCUUCGGCCCCGCGUGUAACCUACCAGCCUUCCUUGGGGGCUCCGCCCCGUGAUCUGCACAUGCGAGGCAUUCGACAAAUGCCGAACCUGCCAAUGGGUAUUGAACUGGGUUCCACUUAUUCACGUGUAGGGGUCUUCCAGCACAGAAAAGUAGAGAUCAUUGCCAAUGACCAAGGCACACGUACCAGUCCAAAUGAUGUGGCUUUCACAGAUGAUCACCUCAUCAAUGAGGUUGCUAAGAGCCAAGAGAUGAUGAACUUCGCUACCGUCUUUGAUGCCAGUAGGCUGAUUGGUCGUAAGUUUGGUGAUGCCAGAGUUCAGUCUCUGAAGCACUGGCCUUUGCAAAUGAUUUGUGAAAAGGGAAAACCCAAAGUAAUUGUAGAAUAUAAAGGAAAAAAUGUUUUUUCCCCAGAGGAGAUCUCUUCCGUGGUUCUAAGCAAGAUGAAAGAGUUUGCUGCAGCCUCCUUGGGUGGAAAAAAGCCAGAAAAUACAGUAAUUACUGUUCUAACCUACUUAAAUGAUUUACAGUGUCAGGCCACAAAGAAUGCAUGGACCAUCCCAGAUCUUAAUAUCCUGGAAAUCGUUAAUGAGUCUAUUGCAGCAGCCAUAGUUUAUGGCCUGGAUUUAAAAACAACAACAACAAAUGAAGCUUUAAAAGAGAGAAACAUGCCGAUCUUUGACUUAGGUAGUGGCACCUUUGGUGUAUCUAUCCUAAACAUCCAGGAUGACAUCUUUGAAGGAAAAUCCACAGCUGGUAACACCCACCUGGAUGGGGAACUUUUUGAUAGUUGUAUGGUGAGCUACCUGAUGGAAGAGGCCAAAUGCAAGCACAGGAAGGACGUAACCUACCACAAGCAGGCAGUACGCUGCCUCCAGACUGCCUGUGAGAAGGCACAAUGUAUCUUGGGUUUCUUUGCUCCUGCCAGGAUUGAAAUUGAUUUAUUCUAUACGGACAUGGGUUUCUACACUUCUGUUUCCUGAGCCCAGCUGAGUGCUGAUGUCUUCUGUGGUGCCCUAAAGCUAGUAGAGGACUCUCUGAAGGAUGCCAAACUCGACAAGAGCCACGUUAAUGAAACUGAGAUAGGCAGUGAUUCAUUCCACUUGUACCCCAAAGUUUCAGAAAUUGCUUCCAAAUUCUUGAGUGGAGAGGAGCUCAACAAAAUCAUCAGCCCUCAUGAGGAGUAG